AUGAUAUCUGUUACGGUGCUAGGAUCUAGCUGGCGCCAACCGCCCCCUCCCGCGCGCCGUCAGCCGCCCCGCCACGAAGCCCGUCGCCACGCCGCAGACGAUCGGCACUGGAACAAGCGCCUUGGCCGGCGAAGCCGAGGCCGCGACGACGGGCCCGCCGCCGACCCUCUCAAAGUAGCGCCGCGCGACGACGUUGUCGGGAGAUGUCAAAGUGAUCACCAUGCCGUCGCCGACGCGCUCGCGCACGUCCGUCACGGUCCCGACCUCGGACUCCGUCGUCGUCUUCAAUUUGUUGCCCGAUUCCCAGGUCGUCCGUUUGGUGAUUGGGCGCUUGUACUGGUCCUUGCCGGUCCGCGUCGCCCCGACUUUCUGCUGCUCGCGCGACUUGCCCAAGCGCGUCACGACGCACACAUCAACACAGUCGCGGCCCGUCUGCUCGAUCUCGUGCGUCACGGACGCGCCGGCCGCGAGGCGCCGGUGCGCCGCGGACACGUUCAGCGACUUGAGGUACGCGUCCAUGUUCUCGCUCCGCGCGAGCUUCCAGGUGCCCGCGAAGCUGUUGGGGUCCGACGGUGCUCCCGCGACGGCCGGUGCCGGAGCCUUGCGCCGCAACGCGCGCCGCGCGAGCGACGGCAUGGUGGCGCCGACGGCGAGCGUGAUGGCCGUGCUCGCCGCACUGUUGAGGCCCAGGCCCUCGUCGCCGUCGUCUCCGUAGCUGCUCGAGAGGCGUGGGUUGCGCGGCGGCCGGGGUGGGCCGAAGAAGGCGCGCGCGGCCGUGAGGCUGCUGCAGAGGAUGAGUGUGAGGCGCAUGGUUGCGGUACUGUAUGGGCUCCGCGCGAUCUCGCGAGCUCAGCACACGGCUGCAAAUAGGAAAUGUGAUCUUCUAUGGGCUAUCAACGCGCCAGCACGUUGCAAUGCGCGAGUUUGAAAAUAGGCG